GCAUCCACUUGGGUUGGCGCAAGAGUUUAUCUCCCCUUUCUCUACCGCGCGCCGUUUCAACUUUCUCCCUCUUUUCUCUUUUCCUCGCCGCUAGGGUUUCUGGAAACAUGAUGCAACCAGCGCCGAAUAUGGUGCAGCAGCCGAUGGCCCCGGCCGAGCACCAGCAGAACCACCACCACCUCCAAUACCAACAGCAGCAGCAGCAGCAACAACAACAACAGCCAUGGCCGAUGCCCAAUCAGCCGCAACAACAUUUUCAGUAUCAGCCGCAGGCCCAGAUGUAUUACCAGCAGCAGCAGCAGCAGCAGCCACAGCUUCAGGCGGCCGGGACGCAGGCCCAGUACCCAGCGACUCAGCCAUCCAGCGCCGACGAGAUCCGCACGCUCUGGAUCGGGGAUCUCCAGUACUGGAUGGAUGAGCAGUAUCUCCUGAGUUCUUUCGCCCAUUCUGGCGAGGUUGUCUCGGCUAAAGUAAUCCGUAAUAAGCAAACUGGUCAAUCUGAAGGCUAUGGCUUUAUUGAGUUUGUAAGUCACGCUGCUGCAGAGAGAACAUUACAAGCGUACAAUGGUUCCCAGAUGCCAAAUGCUGAGCAGAAUUACAGACUGAACUGGGCAUCAUUUGGUGCUGGUGAAAAGCGUUCAGAUGGUACUCCUGAUUUCACCAUAUUUGUUGGAGACCUGGCAUCUGAUGUUACAGAUUACAUGCUACAAGAGACUUUCAGGGCCCACUAUCCAUCUGUUAAGGGUGCAAAGGUCGUGACUGAUAGGAUGACUGGACGAACAAAGGGCUAUGGGUUUGUUAAGUUUGGAGAUGAAAAUGAACAAUUACGUGCAAUGAAUGAAAUGAAUGGACAAUUUUGUUCAACCAGGCCCAUGCGUAUUGGGCCAGCUAACAAGAAGAAUCUGCCUCAGAAUACUCAGGGAAUUCAAAGUGAGGAUGAUCCAAAUAAUACUACUAUAUUUGUUGGUGGUUUGAAUGAUAAUGUUUCUGAUGACCAACUCCGGCAAAUUUUCAGCCCAUAUGGGCAGUUAGUCCAUGUGAAAAUACCACCGGGCAAACGAUGUGGUUUUGUUCAAUUUGCUGACAGACAUUCUGCCGAGGAAGCACUAAGGAUGUUAAAUGGAACACAGUUGGGUGGGCAAAAUAUUCGACUUUCAUGGGGUCGAAAUCCAUCAAACAAGCAGGUUCAACCUCAGGUGGAUUCAAACCAGUGGAAUGGUGGAUAUUAUGGAUAUACACAGGGAUAUGGAACUUAUGGCUAUUCUGCUGCUGCUCAAGAUCCCAAUUUGUACUAUGGAGGCUAUGCUGGGUAUGGCAACUACCAGCAACCCCCAUCACAGCAGCAGCAGUGAGUUUCCGUUCUGUUGGGUACAAGCAAUGGUUGAUGGUGACCACUCUCCGUUAAGGUGGUGUGUGAAGGGGGAUCAUUAAAGCCAUAUAUGUUCAUAACAUGGGAUGCUUGGCUGUUGCUGGGCGCCAGCAUUUAUAGACUGCUAUGACGGGGAGGUGUCUUCUAAUGGCGUGCUAUUUCAAUCUUGGGCUGUUUUAUUUUUGUUUUUUCUGCUCUACUAGUAGUAGUGUAUGUAACGUGAGCCUUGGGCUAUUUCACUCAAAUUCUCUGUUUCUUGAUCCGAAGACUCACCUAAUUAACAUUGAUGCGUUUUGACUAUGGAAUCAGCUGUUGUUUCUUUUGAAAA